UGAGGGAUAUAGGAUAGUUACUUAGGGUUUCUUUAUCUCUCCCGUUCCCUGUCUCCACUGUUUCUGUUUCUCCUCUUCGUCUCUCCCCUUCUCUGCCGCACCGCGCCGGUGCCUCUUCUCUCGCUUUUCCAGUUGGUCGUUACCCCUCCACGCCUUCAAGAAAUUUGUAGAUUGAGAUGGCGGAAAAGGAGGAGCAGGAGAUGAAUUACAUCGAGGAGACGGUUCUAAAGAAAAGGAAACACAGCGAGGAUUGGGCUAUUCGUAGGAGGCAGCAAUUGCUUGAAAGGCAAUGGAAACUCAAACAGAACAAGAAGCUUGUUUUUAAGAGACCUGAGGAUUUCAUCAAAGAGUACAGAAGUCAAGAACUUGAUUUGGUCAAGAUGAAGCAGAGAGUUAAGAGGCGUAAAACUUCUGAGACUCCAUCGUCGAAGCUGCUCUUUGUUAUGCGAAUUCAGGGUAACAAGCCUGUUCACCCACAAAUUCAGAAGAUUUUCAAGUCAUUUGGGCUCAAGAGAAUAUACAGUGGUGUUUUUCUAAAAGCAACAGAAGGGACUUUAGCAAUGCUGGAAAAGGUGGAGCCAUAUGUAACUUAUGGGUAUCCAAAUCUUAAGAAUGUGAAGGACCUCAUCUAUAAGAAGGGUCUUGCAAAGCUGGACAAGGACAAGGUUCCAUUAACAGACAAUAACGUCAUUGAGCAGGCACUAGGGAAGCACGGUAUUCUAUGUCUCGAGGAUAUGGUCCACGAAAUAUUCUCCGUUGGUCGACAUUUCAAGGAAGUCACUCGGUUUCUAUGGCCUUUCUUCCUUGCCAAACCCAAAGACGGAUUCCAUGGCAAGAAAAAUCCGUUCAAGAAUGGAGGAGACUCUGGAAAUCGCGAGGAACAUAUAAAUGAGUUGAUUGCUUUGAUGACUUAGGAUUUGUUAUAGUUGUAUGAACUUGAGAAUUGUUAUAUUAUAGCAACUAGCAAUCACACAGACAGUAUUCAGUAAUGGAUGAGUUUAUUCAAGUGGUAUCUAAUAGUUGCAAUUUUGCA